AUUUUGACUUUGACAUUAGGAAGAAGGGAAGUGAAAGUGUGAUAUUUCUAUUGGAAUUUGAUCGUAAUUUGAUCAUUUUUUAUUUUAUCCAAGUUGAUUGUGUCAACUUAAUUGUAAUAACUUAUAAAAAUGCAGCCUUUUGCGUAUAUAUUUAAAGAAGCUCUUCCAGUUUAUUUAACUAAUUUACCUAUUCCAGAUUCGUUAGGAGGAUGGUUUAGGUUAGGAUUUAAAGACUUUUUGGCUCUCGUCCCUCCUACAGCUGCAGUUGCUGGUCUUACUUAUAUGUCAUAUUUAGCAUUCUGUCCUAAAGGCAGAUGUGGUGCUGGCUCUUGUGAUCAAAAAGGAAAUUUGGUAAAUCCUUCUAUUCUAAAAAAGAGUGAUAAAGUUGUAGAUUCUGUAGAUGUAGAAGAUAUUGCUGAAAAGGCAGUAUUCUGUAGAUGCUGGAGAAGUAAAAAUUGGCCUUACUGUGAUGGCAGCCACAAUGGCCACAACAAACGAGAAGGAGACAACGUUGGACCUUUGAUCAUAAGCAAGAAAUGAAAUACAUAGUAGUUAUGUAAAGCAGUUUAUUUGUGUAGUGGAAAAUGUCUUUAAGUAUGUAAUUUUAUGAAUAAGUCUAAUUUUGUUUAAUAUUAUGAAUUAAAACUAUUAAAUUUUGCCUUUAUUCAACAUA